AUGGAGGAGUCUAAAGUUCAAAUAAAUUCUUUAAAUAAAAAUAUAUUUCUCACUACAAACUUUGAAGAUAAGACAAAAUACUCAAUAAACGAUCAAACCCAGUCACCAAUACUAGGAGGACUUACAACUGAAUACGGUGGCUCUUAGAUAUUAACACCAACAGCUACAUAAAAUGAUGUAAGUUUGGGUCUUGGAGGAGGCAUGCUUGAGAAAACUACUUAAUUUCAUAAAGUAAUUCUGAUAGGAGACUGUAAUGUUGAGGAAGUGACUAAUUACUUGAUGCCUAUCAAAGCUUUGAAUUAAGGGCCACCAAAUCUGUAAUCUGAUUAGAGACAUGACUCAUCACCUGGGGGUACAGCUGCAGUCUUGUUCUAACAAUCAUAUAAUUCUAGCAAGACUCCACUUAAAAAAGAAUCAAGAUUAUCAGUGAAUCCUUUUCAGUCUAAUAAAACUGAUAUUUCAAAUGAGAAUCAGAAACAAAAAUAUAAUAUUGUGGGUCUGGAAAUCUGGGACACUCUUGGUUAAGAGAGACAUUCAUCUUUAGUAAGCUCAUAUUACAAAAAUGCAAAUGGCAUUGCCAUUGUCUACGAUGUUACUAAUAUGGAGAGCUUUCUUAACGUAAAGUCAUGGCUAAUUGAAUUAGAGGAACAUUUCUUUUCAUUAAAUGAUAGAUCUUAAGUUGAAGAGUCCUUUAUCCUAGUGGGGAAUAAAUCUGAUAUGGAAAUGCAAAGAUAAGUUAAGAAAGAACUGGGGAAGGCACUUGCAGAGUAAUUUGGAUUGGCAUUUAUAGAGAUAAGCGCUCUAAGUGGUAAGUGUGUUAAUCAGUGCUUCACUAUUCUUGCUUAAAAUAUCAUAAUGAAAAAUCAAGAAUUAAGAUCAAGUGAUAGUGGAAAAAGAAGAGAUGAAAUCUCACAUAAUACAAUAAAAAUAGGUGAAUUUAGUUUUUCACUUAAAAUGGAUUCAAUGCUUGAGGAAUCUUUGAGUUCAUAUAUUCAAGAAUGUAGAUCAAGUCUCUAAUCUAAAUUUUCAUCAAGAACUUCUCAAAAUUAUAAAAGAAAAGACCAAGAAGCCAUUAAAAAGAGAAAAAAUCGUUGUUGCUGA